GCUUCCGCUCCAUCCAACCCGGAGUGCGCCUCUGCAGCGGAGCUUUGCGCGCAGGCAGCCUGGAGAGAGAUGACAAGAGCCCCGCGGAACUGGCCAGACAAACAUGGAUCUCCGUAAAACGCUGAUUUCGGUGCUUUGGAUAUUAUUGCUGAACUCUUUGGAAGACUGUCUGGCGGAGGAAGUGGUGCUGCUGAAUUCUAAAGAGACACAAGCAGAGUUGGGCUGGACGUCAUUUCCCCCCAAUGGGUGGGAGGAGAUAAGCGGUGUGGAUGAAAAGUACAAGCCAAUUCGGACCUACCAGGUGUGCAACGUGAUGGAGCCCACACAGCAGAACAACUGGUUGCAGACUGGGUGGGUGGCGCGUCGAGGAGGCCAGCGCAUCUUUGUGGAGCUCCAGUUUACGCUUCGCGACUGCAACAGCAUUCCCGGCGUGGCGGGCACCUGUAAGGAGACUUUCAACCUGCUCUACGUCGAAUCGGAUAGAGACCUCGGCGGCGUGACCCGAGAGGACCGCUACACAAAGAUCGACACCAUAGCUGCCGACGAGAGCUUCACGCAGGGCGAUUUGGGUGAAAGGAAGAUGAAGCUGAACACAGAGGUGCGAGAGAUCGGCCAUCUCAACCGUAGGGGCUUUCACCUGGCGUUCCAGGAUGUUGGCGCCUGCGUGGCCCUGGUGGCCGUGCGGGUGUACUACAAGCGCUGCCUCGCCACCGUCCAGAAUUUGGCUAUAUUUCCUGACACGGUGGCAGAGGCGGCCUUUUCCACACUGGUCGAGGUGCGCGGCAGCUGCGUCAACAACUCUGAGGUGGACGCCGACAGCCCUCCCAGGAUGCAUUGCAGCGCAGAAGGGGAAUGGCUGGUGCCAAUUGGGAAGUGCAGCUGCAGCGCAGGUUACGAGGAGGGACACAGCAGCUGUGAAGCGUGUCCCCCUGGAUCAUACAAGAUGUCCUCCAGGCAGCAGGAGUGCUUCCCCUGCCCCGCAAACAGCGUUGCCGAGGAGGAGGGCUCCGUAGUGUGUGUGUGCGAAGAGGACCACUUCAGAACGCCCCUAGACUCACCCUCCUCACCGUGCACACGUCCCCCCUCACCACCCCGAGACUUAGUCUACACCUUGAAGCAAUCCACUCUCAUCUUGGAAUGGGGCGCACCAUCCGACACAGGUGGCAGAGUGGAUCUGACCUACAGCGUGGGCUGCCGGCGGUGUGCAAGCCGGCAGUGCGAGCCCUGCGGGGCGAGCAUUGGCUUCGUACCUCAGCAGGUGGGCCUGACGGAGAGAACUGUGACUGUGGUCAAUCUCCUUCCCAACACCAACUACACGUUCACCGUGGAGGCUCUGAACGGAGUGUCUGAGCUUCUGCCGAGCAAGAGGUUCUUCACACAGGUCAAUGUGUCGACAAGUUUGCCUGCUUCAUCUCUGAUUAGUGACCUACGAGCAGAGAAGAUUGAGGAGAAGAGCAUCACGUUGGUGUGGAGGCAGCCCUCGUCGCCAAACAGCAGCAGGACAGAAUAUGAAGUCAAAUACUAUGAAAAGGAGCAAAAGGAUCAAAGCUAUUCUACCAUGAAAACCGCCGCCACACGGAUCAGUGUCAACAACCUCAAACCCGGCACCACCUACGUCUUCCUCAUCCGUCCCUUCACUACGCCAGCGCCCUCCUCAUCUCUGUCCUCUUCCCCGCUCUCAUCCUCUUCCUCGUCAUCUUCCUCUUCUACUUAUCCCUCUUCCUCGUCUGCUUCUUCCUCAUCUUCUUCUUCCUCGUCGUCCUCCUCUCCUCCUCCUAUUGACUACGGAGCCUACAGCGCUCCCCUGGAGCUGCAGACUCUCGGAGAGCUCGCUCUGGCAUCCAGUGAACAGAGUCCAGUGGUGAUCAUCGCCAUCGUGUCGGUAGCAGCUCUCGUCAUGCUUCUCUCUAUGGGAGUGGGACUUCACAUCUGGAGAAGCAGUGUCUGCUCAAGCUCCUCCAAUGUAACUCCUGCUAGCGUGGUGCUGCUCUCGACCUCCUUCUCCACUCUUCCUCCUCCUCCUCCUCUUCUCUCUCCUCUUCCUCCCUUCACACAGCUGAUGCCCAGACAAUGCGGCUACAGCAAAGCCUCUCAAGAGGGAGACGAGGAACUUUACUUCCAGUUCAAGAUUCCCACACGAAGGACCUACAUCGACCCAGAGACUUGUGAAGACCUGCUGCAGGCUGUCCAUGCCUUUGCCAAGGAGUUGGACAACUCCAGCAUCAAGAUUGAGAGGAUUGUUCACACAGGCGACUUUGGGGAGGUGUGUCGCGGCUGUCUCAAGCUGCCAAGCAAGAGAGAGCUGCCGGUGGCCAUUAAGACAUUAAGAGCAGGCUGCUCGGAGAAACAGCGGCGUUCGUUCCUCAGCGAGGCCGGUAUCCUGGGGCAGUUUGACCACUCCAACAUCAUCAGACUGGAGGGCGUCGUCACCAGCGGUAACACCAUGAUGAUCAUUGUGGAGAGCAUGUCUAAUGGAGCCUUAGACUCCUUCCUUAGGAAACAUGAGGGUCAGUUGAGCGUAAUGCAGCUGAUGGAUAUGCUGACUGGUGUGGCAUCGGGGAUGAAGUACCUCGCCGAAAUGGGCUUUGUUCACAAACGCCUGGCUGCACACAAGGUUCUGGUUAAUGCCAACCUGGGCUGCAAGGUGUCCGGCUUCAGACCUCUUCAAGAGGACAAAAUAGAGGCUAUCUACACUACCCUGCACGGAGGGAAGAGCGUGGUGCUGUGGACCGCUCCAGAGGCCAUCCAGUACCAUCGCUUCUCCUCUGCUUCAGAUGUCUGGAGCUUUGGUAUCGUCAUGUGGGAGGUCAUGUCCUACGGGGAGAGACCCUACUGGGAUAUGGGCAACCAAGAUGUGAUCAAGGCCAUUGAGGAUGGUUUCAGGCUGCCUGCUCCGGUGAACUGUCCUCCACAUCUGCAUCAGUUAAUGCUUGACUGUUGGCAGAAGGAGAGAACAGAGAGACCCAGCUUUAGUCAGAUCCACUCAGCGCUCAGCAAGAGCAUUCGCUCCCCCGACGGCAUUGGCUCAUCCACAUUGGCACGAAGGACACUGAGUUCUUCCAUUACGCUAGCAGAGAGGCCUCUCCCCACCUUCCCAUCCUUUAACUCAGUAGGAGAGUGGCUGGAUGCUGUAGACAUGGGCCGAUACAAGGACAACUUCACUGCUGCAGGAUACUGCUAUUUGGAGUCGGUGGCACGAAUGACUGUACAAGAUGUACUGAGUCUGGGCAUCACUUCCCUGGAGCACCAGAAGCUGAUCCUGGCUGCCAUCCAGACCCUGAGAGCCCAGGUCAUCCAAAUGCACGGACGUGGUGUGCAAGUGUAACAAACGGUCACCUGCACGACUGCUGCAGAUCACUACUGCGUACAUGCAGAUGCGGCUGAUGGGAUGGAGAAGAGGCAAGAGAGACGUGUCUUUCCAAGUGAAGGACAAAUAAAAAGACCUCCUCUAUUUACUCCUCGUACCCAUUCUUCCUCAUGCCUUCUGCGAUUCCUUCCUUUCUUUUUACUAUGAAGCCCCUCAGAGACGAGCAGCGGUCCUCUGGUGAUUGGGGGGAUGGCAGAGGAGUGAUGUCAUGUGACUUUUUUGUGACCUCUUAUCUGCACUUCUGACCUUCAAAAACUGUGUCAGCAGAAUCGUACCGGUUCUGGACGAGCGAGUGAAGACACUAGAAAGAUGGUCUCUUCCAAGACGGUGAGAGAUGGACUUCAAAAGGUUAUGAACUAGAACUAUAAUUUUUCCCUUUACCACUAUUAGUUUUUUGAAGUACUGUUUACUGGCCUUGAGUCAAGACUGGCAAAAACACUUCACUCCGCUGUCUGAUUUCACUUUAAAUAGGAAGCGGUGUCAUGUGAGGAUGCAAAAUAGCAUCACUGUAUGCCAGAAGUGAUCUCAUAUCAGAUGGUGGAAGAAUAUCUCUGAGUAUUAAAAAUGGCAGGCUUGUAAUCCGCACACUCAGAGCAGCAGCUGUCAGUAGUUAUAAAGCCUGAGCUGUCCCGUGCAAAAGGGUCCAACACUUUUGAAUUUAGUCGUUAAAUGAGGCCUGCAGAAACACUUUAACCAACGGGGGCUGAUGUACUGCUUGAGCAAAGUGCACCGACACGCUUUAAUAGAGCUACAGUAUGGGCGGUGACGGACUAAACUUUCAGGAAUAUGGGUAUGCUUUUUGGUCCCCUUCAGAACUACUGAUGGUGGAACAAAAGCUGGACGGGGAGCGGGGCGCAGGAAGACUUGUGCAUUUGAUCACCCAUAAGUUAAGUCGUCGUCUCUCUGCCACUUCUGGUUUUAUUUGUCUUAUCUUUCCCUCAAGCUGUCUUAUACGUGCAAAUGAAAUAUUUAAUUCCCCCUUUAGCCUGAAUGUCAUCUUAAUCUUUUAUGCCGUACACUGAAUCAACUGCAUUUGGCAACUUUGUUGUUCUUCCCCCACCCCCAAAGUGACAAUAAAGUUUUAUCGUAUCUUGUAAUCCUCCUCUGCGCAAAGGCUCCCAUGUUAAAUAUGCUUCUUGUGUAGAACUCAGGUCAACUCUGGAAGAUGACCCAAAUCUCAUAUUUAUUUAUGUUGAAAAGCAAGCUCUCUAGAUAAUAAAAAAGGGGGUAGAAUGGCUAACUUAACUUUAAAGUAAAAAAAAAAAAUAUGUGUUUGUUAAUUAUAAAACUGUGACAUAUUCCGAACAAACGUGUUCCAUAUACAGGAAACAAAACCAAUGGAGGAUGUCGGCACACAGUAUCUGUGUAUUCUUGAACAGUUUAGGUCUGUUAUCAUUGGCUGUACUGUAUGCAUUACAGUGUACUGUAUGUGUGACUACAGUGUCUUUGUUUUCCUUUGUUUAUUAUGAUGGUGUUAUGUUAUUCCGUUACUGUUCUUGGUUUCAUGCUCAUCAAAAUGUUCUCAGGGCAUUUAAUCGAUCGCAACUGGCUGGCUUACGUUGUUUAGGCUAACGAGGGACUUCCACCCCAGCGACUGUCGUUGGCUGGCAGAAGCCCCGCGUGAUUGUAUUUUAACGACUGCCGUUUGGCACCACAAGAGUGAAACUGUUCUUGUCUUGUGCUCUUUGGAAGGUCAACACUUCGGAUCCUGAAUCAACCCCUCAGACAAGAGCUGUCGUACCUAGAAGUGUUGUUUUUGGCAGCCUUCUUAGGUUUAGCUUUUUGGACAAAAGUGCUGAUUAGCUUUAGUCACAUUAUUAGUGUUAUGGCAAACAGCAACAGUUCAAAAUGCUACAUUCGGCCACUGAAAUAUGGGUCAGUAUGAAUACACAUUGCACUUGUUCUACACAUAAACUAAUGAAUCGACGUUAGCGCAGCAAAGCUAUCUUUAACCUGAAGGUAGCUAGCAGCCAAUCUGUGCCAGGAGUUGUGUGUAAAACGUGAGGCUUACUAUGAAAUGUACAGUAUCACAAGCCGAUUGCUGAGUAGCAUGUGUAUGAGACUUGUUGUAACUUACCUUCCAAUGAAUAUUGGCGUGGUGAGUCACUUCAAAACGUUUGUGGCCACAUUUUUCAGAUGGAUUAUAGUUUGAGUAUAUCCAUAUGUGGUUUCGCUCCGUUUUUUAACGCUGCCGCCAUGGUCCAGAAUAUGCGCGUAGGCACAAAUGUCACGAAUUUUGAAUGUCUGACAGACCACCCACGAACAUUUUCAUCCAGUCUUCUCUCGUCAAUGAAACUUCGCACAUCUCUCGUCGUGUUUUAGUUGUCAGAGAGCCAUGUUUAUCUCGUUAACGGCAUGAAGAAACGGUUGUCAAUGAAAUUAUUUCGUCAUCGUCGACAGGAGCAACGCUGCUAUCUAUUCAGACUAGUCCUGUGCAUCGGCGCACGCUAAACAAUGCGACUCUCGAUACGACAGAGACCGAUGAAAGAGGAGAAAAGCGAAAGAAGUGACACGGAAGAACAAGCGAGACAUACCGGGACUGAAGAUAGAAACAAGCGCUAAAUACAGAUAAAGAGGACAGCGAGACAAGCGCUAGUUAUGGAUAAAGCGGACAGCGAAAUGAGUGAUAGAUAUGGAUAAAGAGGACAGCGAGUGAAAGCCUGCGCAGACAACCUGAACAGUCCAGUUGUGAUUAAUUCCAUUCCGUGAGAAUACAUGACCUGGAUGAAUGAGAAUAUUCACAGGCAAGGAUGCUAUUGCACUUUUUUUCCCCUGUAAAACACACAUUUCUCUCUGUACAGUGAUCUGACCCCUCGCCUUUUCGGUAUCAUUACUGAGUAAGUAAGCAGGGCAUUAAUUGACGACCAUCGAAUUCCCCAAAAAUUCCACAUUUUUCAUUGAAACACUGUACCGUAACCGGUUUCUAUUUGCUACAGAAUACAGUUUGCGUCUUUUUGCUUGUUCUUGUUUGUUUCUCUUAGUAAUAUCAAAAGAAAGAUACGGACAAAUGACAAAUUAAAUAUAAAAAAACAAACAAAAUAUUUGUUUGUUUGUUUUUAAUUUGUCAGCUAUCUGUAAGUCCUCAUGAUUCCACAAUCAUGGUUAAUAAUGAAUUUUACUAUUUCUCCCACACGUGUACACCAAACUUAAAUGCACCCACAAGCAUUCACAUGCACAACCACAACAAAAAACCUUAAGGGAUCUUGUUACCACAAUGAAUGAAACGUAAAUUAUGCCCCAUUUCUUCCCAUUAUAUGUUUAAUACUGUAAAUAUGUACUUGAAAAUGCUAAAUCUAUUUUUAUAAUUUGUUUGAAAAAUAAUGUGUUGGAUAUAUCUGCUCACUGUGUAAGGGGUUAUUUGUUUGAAUUUAGGGCCAUGGCCGAAAUAAUGGUGUUUGGAAUAUUUCAAUUGAAAAAAAAUGGUCUUUUUGUUAGUUUCUGAUGAUUUUUACCCAUUAGACAAAAUUCUGAUGGCUGUUACAAUUAUAAAAUGUGUUAUUAAAAAAUCUCCAAUAUAAACAUAUCAUUCAUCAUGC